UUGCGACGGGGGCUAAAAAAAAACACGAGGUAUUUCUGGACAACGGCGAAAGCCUCGUUGAUCGAAGAAAAUGCGAGCCCGAUUAAGCGGAACAGAGCUGUCCCGUCCCGAACCGAACCGUUCAGCUCGUUGGAAACGAGGCUCAAUUUUCAGUACUCCUCCGUUGGGAUACAAAGAAGUGGAGCUGAAAGGUGGAGCUAAACACUGCCGUCCGUUGAUUGGGCGAUAGAAUCGUCACUUUCGGGCGACAGAGUGGAUAACUACAACAAAUACAUUGCCCGCGAGGUAUCUUUGGACAACGGAAAUGUUCCCCAAAGGUACGGCUUGGACGAACCGGGAGGUGGAAGCGUUCCUCUGCAUCUUAGGGGAGGAAGACGUGCAGAGGGAGCUGCAUGGGUCGGUGAGGAAUGCAAAGGUCUUCCAGCUGGUAUCCGAUAAAUUGUUGGAUGCGGGUUUCGAGAGGAACACCGAGCAGUGUCGCCAGAAAUCCAAGAAGCUCCGGGUCGAUUACCGGAAGGUGAAAGACCAAAACAACAGGAGUGGCGACAAGGGGAAGACGUGGAAAUGGUUUAACAUGAUGGACGCUAUCUACGGACACCGACUGGAGAGUAAAGAAAAAGAGAUCGACACGGCCACCUCCUUGCUGGAAUCCAAGUUAGAGCCUAUUGCCACCUCGCUACCAGCUGCAGUAAGAAGGCGAGCGACAAAGGCCUUGAGUCAGGAUUCGGCCACCUCUCAGUGUCCAAGCCUCUCCACCCGAUUACAGGAUCCCAAUCCCACGGAGGUCUUUCUUCUGAGUCUUGCCCCCAUGCUCCAGUCCCUCGAACCCGAGAAGCUUUCGGAUACGAAAAUACAAAUUAUGUCUUUGAUUCACCGAGCAAAAUUUAAUUAAAAGUAUUUCACACAUGGCAAGUUCCCUUUCUCCACAUAAACAUAUCCUACCAAAUUCAUAUACGAGAAUGAAACGCGUCUACUUUAAUUCCAGGUCCGUAGUUCCCUAGUAAGUAUAGGUAUCAAUUAACAAGAAGCAUAUGUCUUUGACAUUUAUAAAAAAAACGUACUUACGCACUGAUUUGUGCAUAAGGAGUGCGUAAGAACAUUGCCACACAAAGUAUGGAAUUUACCAAAGUGAAUGUGUAAAUAUAAGCACAGCUCUUGCCAUGCUUAAGAACAUUAUCUAGAGGUCAAAUAAUGUUAUUAGAAGCUAAAUACAAUGCAUUUAAGACGGUCAAUGUAUGCUUUAAGCAAUAAACAUCCACAUAUGUCCCAUGUUUCCUUUAAUAAGAAAACAUUCAAUUUCUCCAUUGUCUAAUUUUCAACGGAAAAAUUAAGUGUAGUUUAACGUCAAAUCCUCUUUUUCCUGUACAGCAAGCUUUCUUUUAUUUGUAAUGCCUCCUGCACAAAGCAAGACUAAAGUAACUGUGGUUUACUUCAA